AUGUCGUACGCCCACCUCUUCAAGUACAUCAUCAUCGGCGACGUAGGUGUUGGCAAGUCGUGCCUGCUCCUGCAGUUCACCGACAAGCGGUUCCAGCCCCUGCAUGACCCCACCAUCGACACCGAGUUCCAGAUCUGGGACACGCCAGGUGAAGACAGAUUCAGAUCGAUAACUAGAUCGUACUACGAUGAAGUUGAUGGAGCUCUUCUAGUUUAUGACAUCACCAGAUGCUCUUAUGAUGAUCUUCAGUUUAAUCAUCUCGCGAGCUGGUUAAGGGAUGUGAAGCGACUUGCAAAGGACAACAUGACUAUUAUGCUAGUUGGAAACAAAUGUGAUCUAUCUCAGAGGCGUGCCGUGAGCUAUGAGGAAGGUAGGAAGUUUGCAAAUGAGCAUGGUCUGAUCUUUGUGGAGGCAUCUGAGAAAACUGCACAAAAUGUUGAGGAGGGUUUCGUUCAGACUACUGGAGUCAUAUACAAGAAAAUCCAGGAUGGUGUCUUCUAA